AUGUUCACCCUCAAAACCCUCCUCCUCCUCACCCUCUCCGCCGCCACCGCCACAGCCCAAGGCACCUCCUCCAUCGGCCAAGUAACCUGCGGAAACAACAACUGGUCCCGGUCCCAAAUCGAGGAAGCCCUCGAGCAAGGCUGCCGUCUCCACGAGGACGGGGAGCAAUUGGGAAACAACAAGUAUCCUCACCGGUUCAACAACCGGGAGGGUCUCGUUUUUGCUGCCAGCGGGCCGUAUCAGGAGUUUCCUAUAGUGAGGAACGGGGUUUAUGAAGGGGGCUCCCCCGGAGCGGAUAGGAUUGUUUUCAAUCCUAACCUGAAUGGUGCUUGUGUCUAUGUCGGCACGAUGACGCAUACGGGGGCGAGUGGGAAUGGUUUUAAUAUGUGUGCUACGAGGUCGGAGGGAAGGCCGGGGGCUGGGGAUGAUACCACUGCUUCGGUGACGGUUCCUGGUACUGCUACGAGGACUCAGACCAGCACGUCUACGACGUCGACUUCUACGUCGACUGCCAGCCCGGAUUCGGCCGGAGCGGUGCAGAGGUUGGGGGUGCAGGGGGUGGCGGUCGGGUUGAUGGCUUGGGCUUUUGUUUUGUAA